GAGAGAGAGAGAGAGGGGGGGGGGAGGGGGCGGUCGGCGAGAGACGACUACAAUAAGCGUUUGAGGGAUCGCCGACGCUAUGGAUAAUCUAAAUGAUGCCAUCCAAAAACUGAAGUUGACUGCUGCUGAUGGCACAUCAGAUAAUGUGGAGGGAUGCCUUGACUGCUUGCUCCAAGCCUUGGCUCAAAACAAUGCGGAAACUAGCUUAAAGGUCCAAGAGAGUGGAAUCCUUCAAGUUUUCCCUCGUUUUUUGUCUCCACAUUGUUCCUGCGCAGCAAAAGUAGCAAACAUCAUAGCAGAAAUAGCCAAAAAUGAAUUCAUGCGAAACUCAUGUGUGGACACAGCAUUGAUUCCACCUUUGGUUCAGCUGUUGAACAACAGAGAUCAAGAAGUGCUCCUUCAAACAGGACGUGCCCUCGGGAACAUUUGCUAUGAUAGCCAUGAGGGCAGGAAUGCAGUUGACCUAUCUGGUGGCGCACAGAUAGUAGUUGACCACUUACAGACACUAUGCAGUAAUAUUGAUGCGGCCAAUCAGAAGCUCUUGACUGUCUUUUGUGGCUUCCUGUUGAACUAUAGCAAUGAUAAUGAUGCCUUGCAGGCCCAGCUGAUAAAUAUGGGAGUCAUUCCUACUUUGGUUCAGUUAUUGGGAAUACAUUCAGAGCAUACAGCCCUGACAGAAAUGUGCUUGGUUGCAUUUGGUAACCUAGCAGAGAUAGAGUCUAGCAAAGAGCAGUUCGCAUCAACUAAGAUUGCAGAUGAACUUGUAAAACUGUUCAAAAAACAAACAGAACACGAGAAGAAAGAAAUGAUUUUUGAAGUUUUGGCUCCACUGGCAGAACAUGAUGUCAUCAAACUACAAUUGGUUGAUGCAGGAUUAGUAGACUGUCUCUUGCAGCUUGUCCAAGAGACUGUGGACAGUAAUAAAGAUGAUGAUAUCUCUGAGCUUAAAACAGCUUCUGAUCUCAUGGUGCUGCUGCUUUUGGGUGAUGAAUCUAUGCAGAAGCUGUUUGAUGCUGGUAAAGGAAGUGUCUUUCAAAAGGUGCUGUCAUGGCUUCCUUCAAAUAACCAUCAAUUACAACUUGCUGGAGCACUGGCCAUUGCAAACUUCGCACGAAAUGAUGGAAACUGUAUCCACAUGGUCGAAAUUGGAAUUGUGCAGAAGCUUUUAGACUUACUGGAUAGGCAUGUAGAAGAGGGGAAUGUGACAGUACAACAUGCUGCACUUAGUGCUCUUCGCAAUCUGGCAAUUCCUGUAUUAAAUAAAGCUAAGAUGCUGUCAGCAGGAGUUGCAGAGCAAGUCCUGAAGUUCCUCAAGUCGGAGAUGCCACCCGUUCAGUUCAAACUACUUGGAACAUUACGCAUGUUAAUUGAUGCACAAGCUGAAGCAGCAGAUAAGUUGGGAAAGAACAUCAAACUGGUGGAACGUUUGGUAGAAUGGUGUGAUGCAAAGGAUCAUGCUGGCGUCAUGGGUGAAUCAAACAGGCUGCUAUCGGCACUAAUCCGACACAGCAAAUCAAAGACCCACCAUCCCAGGAACCAGUCUGGCGAACCUUCAUUGCAGUCAUCCUCUGGCAGUUGUAUCUUUCCUGAGGUAAGGACCAAAACUGUAAAUACUACUUCAGGUUCGGUCUGACCAAGCUCAUGUGUAACUUCAACAAGAUUUCAUUAGUCCUGCCUGUUCACUAACAUUCUCUUACAAUAAAGCCUGACAUUCCAUUUGCCUUAAUAGCUUGCUGUACCUACAUGCUAUCCUUCAGUGAUUUUUGAACAAGAGCACCCGAAUCCUUUUUGCACAUUACACUUUCCAGGCUCUCUCCUUUUUACAAAAUACUCAGUACAUCUGUUCUUUCUACCAAAGUGGGUAACUUCACAUUUUCACGUUAUAUUCCAUCUGCCAUGUUCCUGUCCAAAUCUUGAAAAUAUUGUACAUCUUCACAGUACAUAUUCUGCUUGGUUUUAUAUCACUUGCAAAUUUAGAAAUAUUACAUUUGGCCCUCACAUCCAGUCGUUGUGAAUAACUGGGCUCCUUGGUCUACCCUACUAGUCAAAGCUUGUCAAACAUGCAAAUGAUCCAUUUAUUCCUACUUUGUUCUGUCUGUUAGUUAAUGCUUUAUCAGUGCCAAUGUAUUACCUCCUAUACCCGUGUGCUUUUAACCAACCUACCUUGUCAGAAGCCCUAUGAAAGUCUGAGUGUACUACAUUCAUUGAAUCACUUUGAUCAACUUUGUUACUAACGUCCUCAAAAGACACUAAAAUGCUGGAUGAUGGAGAUCUGAAAUAAAAACAAGGUGCUGCAGAAACUUAGGUUUUAUUUUCCUCUCUUGUUUCUUUCUUAAAUAAUGUUGUGACAUUUUGCAAGCUUCUAAUGUGCAGGGCUCAGGCCAGAAUCUAAAGAACUUGAAAAGAUCAUGAUUGUAUCAACUAUCUCCAUAGUCACCAACUUUUAAUACCCUGGGAUGUAGCUAUUAGAUCCCUGGGACCAGGAACGUUCUGCCCCUUCUUUCUUUAUUAUUGCUAACUUUAUUGAAAUCCUCAUUUUCUCUAGUCACUUGGAAAUAUCAUUCUGGGAAAUUUCAUCUAUCUUCCUUAGCAAAAGCAGUAAUCCUAAGUUAUUGUGAAUUGUGAUUUAGCAUCUAUAACGAAUAAAUUCAAGUGUGAUAGAAUUUUUGAGUGGAAUCUGUGCUUAACAGUACAGAAGUUGCUACUUUGACAGUUUUAUGCCCUCAUUAAAAUGAAUUAACUUUGCUGAAAAAGACACUUUGAAGUUUUCCAUCUUCUACUCAUCAGAAUAAUUGCAUGAAUGCUAAACUUCAUACAGUUAGAACAAAUUAUGCUGCAGGAGAAAUGGCAUUGCCUUGGUGAAAACACCUAUUAACAAUAGACUUCCCAAGAAUAAUCCCAUCUGGCAGGCAUUUGUUUUGUGGUUUGCAAGAAGCAUGUUGUUGUUUGUCUACUAUUAGUUAUGAUUCUGCAGUUGGACAGCAUUUGCUGAACAACCUUGAGCGCACCAAUUUUGCCAGUGACCAAUUUUAAGGAUUUUAACUAUUUUAUGCCAUCUCAACCUGGCUCAUUUAUGCUUGCUACAAGCUGCACCAUUCAGUAUACAAGGAUACGUACUCUAAACAAAAGAACAUGUUAAUGUUUUACACCUUUAUUGAUGGUCUUUUCUGAAAGUGAAUUCAGAUACCUAUGCCCUGCCUUCAUGUUAGUGUACAAAUGCAAUAGAGCCAUUCAAAUUCCGUGAUAUAAGGACAUUAAAGGGUUCCCUUUCUCUUUGUUCCACCUCGUUCUCUUGAAAAUUGAGUGAGUUAAAAGAACUUUGUUACCUUAAAAGGUUUCUAUGCUCUUUGGUACCAAUUUAAAGCCAAUAAAUACAUAAAUGUUAAUCAGUCACUUGACCUCACCAGUAGUAUGGAUAUUUUUUGAUUUAUGGAUAUUCAAACUCAUUGCUGUUUAAAAAUACUAACUGCUAUCUUCCUGUC